UCACAAAUAACUUUUAUUGAAUCAUUUUCAUGUGGAUAAUCAUCACCGAGCCGGUUACCUAGUUCGUUCGAUAUCAAGCCGUAACUACUACACAAAACACAAGUUACACAACCCCGGCUCCCGCUGGCGCACACGCUCCUCACGUGCCGCACCCGAAACGUCCCAAGAAAAAAGGGAGAAAACUCACCGAAAAGUCUACCCACCUGGGCCCUGGCCACCUCCCCCCUGCUCGCUCACGACCCCCAACACGCGAGUACGCGACGACGCCCCUCACAAAAACAGGGGCCAAAAAGGAUAAAAAAAAGUGGGGAAAAGAACGCCGGGAAUGGGCAAGCAGCAGCAGGCGCCACCGGCGCGGCGGUCCCCGGCGAUGUCGGCGCCUCCGCCGCCGAAGCGCCGGAAGAAGAAGGGCCGCCCGUCCCUGCUCGACCUCCAGAAGCGGAGCCUCCGCCUCGAGCAGCAGCAGCUACCCCAGGGGCGCCGCUCCAACCGCAGGAGCGCCGGCUCCGCGGACGAGGACGACGAUGGGCCCGCCUCCGGCUCCGGCCGCCGCGAGAAGAAGCUGCGCCUCGUCAUGGGCCUCCACGACGGAUCAGCCAAGGGAGAAAAGAUGAGGAAAGCGACGGAUGGGCGUGAAGAGCCGUCAGAUUCCGGGCCCACAACACCUUUACCGAACAAAAAGUUGUUGCUCUUCAUCCUCGACAGGCUACAGAAGAAGGAUACGUAUGGUGUAUUUUCAGAGCCUGUUGAUCCUGAAGAGCUACCUGACUAUCAUGACAUUAUAAAGCAUCCAAUGGAUUUUUCGACAAUAAGAAAGAAGCUCGAUAAGGAGGCCUAUUUCAACUUGGAGCAAUUUGAGGAUGAUGUGUUCCUGAUAACCUCCAACGCGAUGUGUUACAAUUCACCAGAUACAAUAUACUAUCGACAGGCACGAGGUAUUCAAGAGAUUGCUAAAAAGGAUUUUGAGAAUCUUAGGCAAGAUAGUGAUGCCAGUGAACCAGAACCGGAACCAGAACGAGAACCCAAGCCGGAGCCCGAACCAGAAGAACCAAAGCCACAGCCUCGCCGGGGCAGGCCUCCAAACAAGAAUAAUGCCAAACAGAAAGUUGGGAAGCCACCAGCAGAACGUGCCACUGCAGACUUUUCUGGUGCAACACUUGCUACUGCGGCAAAUAUUGGACGGCAUGCACAGGCAGAUGUUGAUCUGUCACGAAGAGUAAUGGAUAAAGCGAUGAUUGCGGAUGUGUUGAGAGCUUCUUUUGCCAACCUAAGGAAUGAGCACAACUGGUCUGGUGAGCGGAAGUUUGAAAGACUUGAAGCUUACUCAGGUUAUGGGGGUACAUGGUCUGCAAAAACGGGGAAGAGGCCGAUUCUGAUGGAAGAUAGUCGCCGGAGCACAUAUUAUGAGACUCAACCAUCCAGUUCAAUAUAUGAGCUGCCGGUAUCGUCCUCCUACAAUGGGACCGAGAAGCUGCUAGUACCAGUUGGGGUUCAGUUACCGCAGUCCUAUUCCCACAGCCUGGCACGUUUUGCUGCACAACUUGGCCCUGUUGGCUGGGAAAUUGCGUCAAGACGACUUGAACGGAGCCUUGCUCCUGGAACAAAGUUUGGUCGUGGCUGGGUAGGAGAUGGUGAAACGCCGCCGAACCCAUUUCAGACACCUGUACUCGCUGCAUUUUCAGAAACAAUGGCACCACCGAGCAGUAUAGCAGCAUCAGGUGAGCAGCCAUCUAUGAACGCGCCCCCCGCCACAGAGGCCUGUGCUGGCAGCAUAAGCCAUCGGGUGGGAUCUCAGCCAUGUGCUUCUAUCAGCACAGUGCAGACGAUAAAUUCCGAAGCAUUAGCAAGCCAGCAAUGCGGAUCCGUACCACAGGUUUCUAUAAACCGAGGCGAACGUGCUGUUGAGAUGAAGGGCAGCACUAAUAAUCUUCACGGGCACCCGGCCAUGCCGCAAACUAUGAAUGGUUUCAAUGCCGUUCCAGGACGGGUGCUGUUCCCACCUGCGGCUCAACUGGUGGUGAGUCAGAUGCAGACACAUACGGCUGAUUGAGUAACAAGUAGCCAUUGGAUCAACAUUGUCAACAUGGCAAUUGAACAUUGCCCGCUUCCAUUCAUCAGUCGCGGUCACCAAGCGACGACGGCCUUAAGCCGCACCCUGCCAGUGGCUUGGCGCCCACCACAUUGGGGGUGUCUGGUCGCUGUUGAAUCGUCGCGCCUCAACCUGGCGCUGCAACUGUGAAUCUGUUGUGUAAUUGCGUAAGUAGGAAUUAGGAUGAUAACGUGCAUAGAUGUGUUGGGCGGAUGGUGUAACAGCGGUGAGUUGCAGUUUGGAGAUUUAGCGAUUCUGAAUGUGUAGUAGAAAAACCACAGGGGAAACGAAACAACAUCUGUAUAGACUAUUCAGGAUCAGGAGGUUUUUUUAGCGUUUCGGCGACUAGCAACAGGUGCGAUCGAGCAUGAAAUCGUGCGAACCAGAUUGUCUGUUGCCGGUAUUGUUUCUAUAUACAUCAAUCUGACGGUGUUCUGGGUUGCAGGUA